AUGGAAAUGGAAGAUAUUAUGCGAGCAAAAAAGUUUGCCCUCAUCUGGUUAAGUGGUAAUUGUAAGGUAUCAUGUAGAAUGAUGUUAUAAUUAUUCCAAAGCAGCUUUGUAAUUAUCACAAAUCCGAUUGAAUUGAGAUUGAUUAAAGUUCUAAAUAUUGAUGAUUUUGAAAUUCAGAUCAAAAUAUUUAAUACUAACUUUGUGAUAGUUUGGACUGAAAUAGACGCGAACUCCUUUUCCUAAACAUAUGUUGGAGUGUAUAAUACUGGAAGUGGGUUUUCGAUAAAAUAAAAUAUAAAUGAAAAUUAAGAUGAUAUUCAAUUAAUCCAUAAUUAUUGA